AUGAUGAUCGGUACAAAUGAAGGCGAACAUUCAUUUUUAAUUGAAUUGUUAUUUCAAGAAAGUACUCUUGUUCGCCUUUUAACAAUAUUAAUGGACCAUUUUGAUAGUUUAUUAGAAGAUUGGUAUCCUAAACCCGGCAAUCGAUUUGUUCAGAAUGCCAAAGAUGAUUAUUUAAUAAAUCUUUUUAUUCCUUGUCAUUGA